AUGGUAACGACAAUAACUACAACCAACCGUUUUCAAACGCAUACAAAUUCGAAUGGAAAACAUAUUAAUGUAAAACAAGAUGUAUAUAAUCGAGUGCAAAAACUGCGGACAAAAUUAAUAUCUCGUGGUAUACACUCAACUAAAGUUAUGGCUACAGCUGGAUUUACGUAUACAGGUGUAGGUGACACAGUUCGUUGUAAUACAUGUUCAUUAGAAAUAUCGGAAUGGACUGCGACUAUGAUACCGUCUGACAUUCAUGCUGAACGUAGUCCUCAAUGCGAAUUCGUACGAUCUCAGUUGCCAAGUCGUGCUGUAGAAAUGGAUAUUACAGUAAAUCCAGCAAAACGUCAAAAAAUUGAAUCCUAUUCUGAUCAAUACAAGCAUAGUUGUAGGCUUGUGGAAGUAAAAAUACUCAAACAAAUACGUCGCAAUACAUUUUCUCAUUGGUCUUCUGAAACAAAAUCACUUGUUGAACGAAUGAUAACUGCUGGAUUUUUUUCUUGUAAUGUCGGUGAUCGUGUCCUUUGUUUAUAUUGUAAUCUUAUUUGUCAACAAUGGAUACUUGGUAAUGAUGAUCCAUUAGAAGUACAUAAAACUAUAUCACCUCAAUGUGUAUAUGUUCAAUCAAUGUUAAUAUACCCACAAUCAUCAUCUACCUUCGUUUUAGAUGAUAUGUCAAGUAAUAAUCAAACUCAACAAGAGCGUAAUACAAUUGUUCAAUACAAUGAAACAAAUCAAACUAGUAACUCUUGUACUUCGAAUCAGCAUCUAGUAUCAAUCAAUGAUCCUAAUGUAUUAUCACGCUAUGUAGCUGCUCGACUGGAUCUAACGAUUUCGCAGAGUGUGCUUGAUGAAAACUUUAUAUUAUCAGUUAUUAAACGUUGUUGGGAAGAUCAACUUAAAUUAAAGCAAUAUGACUUUAUCGAUAGCACCAGUCUAUUCAUAGCGUGUGCUAUUCUACAAAAACAAAUUGAUCAUAUUAAAGGGAACAUAGAAAAUAUCAUUAUUCCUAGUACAAAAUUAAAAUUAAUUCGCGAGAGAGAACAAUCUAAAUUAUUACCAUUACCACAAAUUCCAAAUGUUGAUAAUACCGUACCUAUGGAAACUCAAUCGGCUCCUGUAAUAACACCUACAAUAGAACUAUCAAAUACAAAACGGCAUACGAAAGUUUCUGAGACAAGUUCUACAAAGAAUACAACAGCAACGAAUCUUUGUCUCAUCUGUUCUAAUGGUGAGAAACGUCUAGCGUGCAUUCCUUGUGGUCAUUUUGUAGCAUGUGUUUCAUGCAGUCAGACAAUUAGAAUUUGUCCUAUAUGUCGAAGAGAGAUCGAAGCAUACGUUCGAAUCUUUGUUUAA